AUGUUUCGGGUGGUAUUUCGGCAGCUUAGGCGUUCGGUUCUGCUGGGGCCGCAUAGUCGGGCCUCAGCUCUGGGAAGUCGCGGCUGGUGUAACAGUGGAGGCGACGGCGAAUGGCGCCCCGGAUCCCCGCGUGCCGAAGGCGGCCGCUUCUGCUUCACGACCCCCAUCUUCUAUGUGAAUGCGGCACCGCAUAUCGGACACUUAUACUCGGCGCUGCUGGCCGAUGCCCUAGCCCGCUACCGCCGCCUCCGGGCAGCUACGCCGCCUGUUACGAGCCCCGCCGCUCCCCUCGUUCGCUUCUCCACCGGCACGGACGAGCACGGGCUGAAGAUCCAGCAGGCUGCUACUGCAGCGGGCCUGACCCCGUCCGAGCUGUGUGACCGGGUGUCCGCCCAGUUCCGGGCUCUCUUCCAGGAGGCCGGCAUCUCUAUCACCGACUUCCUCCGCACUACGGAGGCUCGGCAUCGGCGCGCAGUGCACUACUUCUGGGGGGUCCUGCACGCUCGGGGGCUGCUCUACAAGGGGCUCUACGAGGGCUGGUACUGCGCCUCUGAAGAGUGCUUCCUUCCCGAGGGUAAAGUCACCUGGCGCCCGGGCCCCGAUGGGCAAAGCCACCCGGUGGCCCUGGACAGUGGGCAUCCAGUCUGUUGGAUGAAAGAGGAAAACUAUAUUUUUAGACUUUCCCAGUUUAGGGAGCCCCUCAGGCAGUGGCUUCUGGAUGACCCUCAGGCCAUAACUCCUGAUCCUUUCCGCCACACAGUUCUUCAGUGGCUAGAGGAGGACUUGCCAGACCUCUCCGUAUCUCGGGGUAAUAGCCAUUUGUAUUGGGGCCUCCCUGUCCCUGGAGACCCAACACAGACCAUCUAUGUGUGGGUUGAUGCCUUGGUCAAUUACCUCACUGUCAUAGGUUACCCUGACUCGGAGCAGGAGGCCUGGUGGCCUGCCACCCACCACAUCAUAGGCAAAGACAUCCUUAAGUUUCAUGCCAUUUAUUGGCCAGCUUUGCUUUUGGGGGCUGGGAUGACCCCCCCUCAUCGCAUAUAUGUACAUUCCCAUUGGACAGUACAUGGCCAGAAGAUGUCCAAGAGCCUGGGAAAUGUGGUUGAUCCUUUGACUUGCUUGGAUCAGUUUACUGUGGAUGGAUUUCGUUACUUCCUUCUAAGGCAAGGUGUCCCUAAUUGGGACUGUGACUACUAUGAAAAGAAAGUAGUGAAGUUACUUGAUGCUGAGCUGGCAGAUGCACUGGGGGGGCUCCUCAAUCGAUGUACUGCCACUAGCCUAAAUCCUACAGGGACCUUCCCAGUAUUCAGCACCUCCUGUUUCCCUUCCAUGGAGGGUAUAAUGGCAGCUCCCACAAAAGCCCAACCAGAGGACUAUGCUUUGGUGAAGGCAGUGUCAGCUUUACCCCUUCAAGUGGAGAGCUACUAUGAGAAUUUUCAGAUCUACAAGGCUUUGGAGGCAGUAUCCACUUGUGUCAGGCAAACCAAUGGCUUUGUCCAGCGGAAUGCACCUUGGAAGCUUAAUAGGGAAAAUUUGGCUGAUGCUCAGUGGCUGGACACAGUGCUUCAUGUGACACUAGAGUGUCUUCGAGUCUUUGGACUAUUGCUUCAGCCAGUUACCCCAGCACUUGCUGACAAGCUCCUUUCCAGGCUGGGUAUCUCAGAAACUGAGAGGGGCCUUCAGAACAUAUGCUUCCUUCCUCGAUAUUAUGGGCAGCCUUGUCCCUUUGAAGGGAGAAGACUAGGACCUGACACUGGACUCUUGUUCCCAAGACUGGACAAAUCUAGGGCCCGGUUGGCAAAAAUUCACAGUACUUAGAUGUAGAUUUUUAAAAGCUGUGUUUUAAAAGUUAUGAAAACAUCCCUAAUGUGUUCUAGAAAGUUGGGUGGAUAGUUUCUCAAAUGACUCCUCCAGGGGGUUAAGAAGUAUGAUGUGGAGCUAGUACCUGGUUGAGGGAGUUUAUAUUAGUUGAGGUACCUAGUUCCUGUAUUUUCUAAUUCCCUGAAUUACUAACCACUUUCUUUAGUAUUGGUAACUUGAUUAUGGGAUAGGGAGGAGUGGGGAGAUAAAAGAGAGUUGCUAGUACUUUACCCUUAAUUGUUCCACCCCUUGAGCCACGGCCAACAUUUCUGACUAAAUAAAUUGAAAUUGGUAAUUAUUUCCUCAGACUACCUCACCCCUUUUUGGAUCCCUGGGACUUCAGUCCUUGUCAGGCAAAAUCGCUAAAUGUUUUCUAAGCUAGAUGUUCAGAAUUCAAACAUCCUUAGUUGCUCUUCCAAACAAAAGUGAAAUAUUAAUUAAUCUUUUUGACUUUUUGCAUUUCUAUUUUUUGGCUCCUCUAGUAGUCUCAAAAUGAUUUAACCCCAAAUUCCUUAUACAGUCUUUUCUCAUUUCCUAAUAUUCCCUCUUUACCUAGUAUCCUCUCUUCUCCAGUUCAUUUUUUGAACAACUUAAAAGUUACGGUUUACAUUCUAAACUGUGGUAGCCAUUUUUUUGGUUAUUAGAUCUGAAAUAAAGGUCUAUUUACAUUUGUGCAGGAUAAUCCCUUACUUGAAUAAAUUUACUUUCAAAUGGUU